CAUAAAGUCCAGAUUCUAUGCGACAAUUUCACUGGACCAUGGGAUAUCCUGGUCUGCUGGAUAUCCACUUACAGGGCCUCGUAGCCUCGCUACAGGGCACCUUUCAGUUUUCCGAGUGAAACGGCGGGCGACGGUGGAUUCUUUACAGCGCUGGAGCACCGUAAGCAGCCCCCGCAAAUGUUACGGUCUCGGCCCGAUUGUGCUGUCCUGUCAGUGAUUAUUGCUGUCUCUUUGAGCAGUCAGGUCGGUGCAGUUUGUGAUCGUCGUUGAAAAGAAUUGAUUGAGGGUCUGUUAUUGGUUCCUUGGGUGAUUAUCGCUGUGUUAGCUUGAGACAUCAGGAAUAACGCAAAAACAAAGCGAGGAGACGGUAUUCGAGUACUACUUGUACCAUGUAAACGUUGCAGUGUCUGGUAUCAUCUUGAACCCCUCAAAAACACACCAAGCCCUACCAUCGUCGCCUAGAUGAAUCUUCCUAGUGUCCCACGGGGGAGGGGAAAGGGAAUCUGUCGUCAACCCGCGCUUUUUACGUACAACAAAAGCAAAUAUUUAAUAUUCCGACGAUUAUAAUCGUGGAGGUUACGACAGACGAGAAGAACGGGUCUCCGGUAAGAGGAGCCGGAUCAGCCCCUGAGCUGAAGCUGCAACGUUUCCCUCACGAUUAUUCACAAGCUCCUUUUUUUCUCACGAGUGACCGUGUCAGAAUCCUGGACUACCAAAGCUCUUGGCGUGAGACCAACAGAACGGAGUUGUUCCGUUUCUCUUCUAGCGUCAAAUGCACAAAAUAUGGAUCGGCGGGCUUCUAGAAGGCAGAGCAGAGCAGAGCAAAGCAGAGAGAGAGAGAGGGCCCCUGAACUCCUGAGUCUGUCUUUGUCUUUUGAGGCCUGAUCCAAGCUCAUUGAACCCUUUCUCUAGGCCCAGUUUAUUCCCUCUUCGCGCCGAGCCUCCCCCUCUAUUCGCACCAACACCGAUCCCAAUCUCUACUAUAUCCGCAACAUACCUAUCACAAUGUCGGGCCUCGACGCGCCAGAAGUCAGCGCAGCCUACGACGCCGUUCGCUCAGACAAGGACGAGACAAACUGGCUGCUCAUCUCGUACGCGUCCGCCGUGGGGAACAAGCUGAGCCUCACCAAGACGGGAACAGGCGGUCUGGCCGAGAUGGUCAAGGAGCUGGACGACGGGCAGGUGCAGUACGGCUACGUGCGCGUCGAGUACGCCAACGACAAGGAGAGCAAGCGCGUCAAGUUUGCGCUCGUCGUCUGGAUCGGCGAGAACACAAAGGUCAUGCGGAAAGCGCGCGUCAGCAUCGAGAGCGGCGAUGUCAAGAGGGUGCUCUCGCAUCACAGCAUCGCGGUCACCACGGGGGAUCGGUCCGAGCUGGAUGAGGGGGAUAUCGUCGUGAGGUUGAGGAAGGCUGGCGGCGCUGACUACAACGGCGGUCGGGGUUGAAGAUACGAGACGAUAGCUUCAUGAUACAUAUCUUGCACCCGUACAUAUCAAUGAUACACAGCGUUCUUGCGGCUCGUUAUCUUGGACGAACCGGUCACGUGUGUGCGGGAGAUAGACAGGUUUCAUUAUCUAUCACGGAAAUGUCGCCGGACUUCUUAGAUAGGAAUAAGGCGAGGAACGAGGGGUAACGAUGUUUAACGACUCUUGAAGCUUGAAUACCCCAAACUUUGUGAUAACUAGGCCAAGGCUAUCUAUCAAUCCCUCAAACCACGUUUAGAUGCCAGGAUUGCCGGGGCAGGGCGCGGGCGCGGGCGCUGAUACCCUGACGAUCACAUACUGGAUAUUCACCAGAUUAGGUAAAGUUGGAGAUUGGGGAUGCAUCGAUGGUGCAUUCAAUUCAGUCCCGGCAUUCGGGGUUUGAUAGAUAUGAUGGGUGAAUUUUAAGGUGAAUGUGCAUGAUCUGCCUGUUUCACAAGCAACCUCUUCGACCGUCAAAGCUCGCAGCACAUGUCUGCCAAUAUCUGUAUCAGUCCUCGGGUGAAACCUACCAGCCAACCACCACCUACCACCGCCUACCACCACCGCCUAACGAGU